GUCGGCGAUCCGACACCCGUGGUACCGGCGCCGUGUCCAGAUUUAAGCUUCUUCUUUGCCAGGCGAGAUCUCCAAGAGAAGAUCAUCUUACCUCGCGCGCCAGUCCGUUCGUCUCUCGCGCGAGAGCACGAACAAUCCCGCGAGCGUCAAACAAUCCGAUCGUUCUCCGCCGGGAAGAGAGCGCAAGUGAGCGAGCGACAAGUCUAGAGAACACAUCAUGGCUUUGAGGGCCACGAUCUUGGUGCUGAUGGUUACGCUAGUGGUUGUCGCGUCCGCUGGAUUGCUCGAGACUCUGCUCUCGUGGGAUCUGCCGGAGGUCGAGGGGAGAUCGGUCACGUCGCAGUCCAAGUGCCUAUGCCAGACUUCCGGUUGUCUGUGCUGUGUUGACCUAAACCUGACGACCACAAUUGACUUAGGCGGUCCGGCUUGCGUCAAUAUCAAGCAGAAGGAGCAGAAUGUUUCUUUGAAUUUAAGCUACGGCGACAAUCCCAUUCACAAUGCGACGAUAAGGAUCGCAAAUGCGGCCAAUAAGCCAACGUGCAUGAAUCUGCUGUCGGAUCUGGCGCAGAUUUGCGCACGAUUUACGUCAGUGAAACAAGUUGACGUCGGCGGUUAUGACGGUUGUAUGGUGAUCGAGCCGGCUUUGUUAGGCGCGCCACAAGCUACUUACCACAUGGGUUGCUUCAACUUUUAUCAAGGUGUCCGACAAGUGGAAGUAUCCGCUAUCACAGAGACGACGGAACCCGCCGAUAUCUCCGAGGAUGAUGAUGACACUUUGAACACCGAUGAACUGAUCGCCGCGGUGUCCGCUAGCGCAGAACAGGGUAUCGCGCUGUUUACUCAGUGGCUCGGUCUCAAUUUGAAUCCAAAAUUGAACAUGACCAGUAAGGAGAACGGGCCUCAGGAACAGCAACAGCGAACCGAGCCAAGCACAUCUUCAAGAUCGGCACGCAUGAUGGAUGUUCAAGUCGACAAAAGCGACGAGCGAUUCAAGCAACUGCUGAGCGCUCAAGAUAACGUGUUGAAGGGUUCGGCGACUAUCGGACAAUCCAACGGCAUGGAAACUACUUUUGUCUACUCCAGGCCGAGUAAUUCGAUAAUCGGGAAGAACUCGACCGAGGAGGCCAAGAGAAGACUGGAAGCGGAAGUCGUUGUGCCACAACAUCGAGUUGUGGUGCCGAAGGAGUCCAGGAGAGGAGGCAGAGCAUAUAACAUUCAUCAGCAUGUAAACGAGAUCUGAAGUGUAAUAUAUAGCGCAGAAAGCUGCCGAUCUCUGCUCUAGAACUACAAUGCCGCACUAGACUAUAUUUGUAUGCAUGCACGCGGAGCUGGGCAAAGAAGAGAGUCUUAUUGCUUGAUUGCAAAAAUAAUUUUAGUCUUACAAACUAAUUCAUGUGCGAUGUUUGCACGUGAAAGUUACUUGCUUUUUU